AUGAGUUGUUUAGUUUUAAAACGGGUGCCAACAUCAGACGUCCAAGGUGUGUUGGGUAAAAAAGCUUCGCUGCCGUGCGAUAUCCAGCCGCUGCAUUCAGACGACGAUGUCGUCAUGGUGUUGUGGUUUAAAGAAUCUGAUGGAGACCAGCCUUUAUACAGUUACGACAUCAGAGGCCGGUCGAUGAAUCAACCGAAGCUCUGGUCUUCUCCAACAGUCUUCGGGAACAGGGCGUUUUUUCGCGGUAGCGCCACUCCUGCCGUCCUCAUGGUGGACAAUGUACUAGCCAGUGAUGCUGGCGUAUAUAGAUGCAGGGUUGACUUCAAGAAUAGUCCUACUAGAAACUUAAAAGUUAAUUUUACCGUUAUAAUUCCACCAAAUCGUCCAACAAUAUUUGAUGCAAAAAGAAGAGACAGAACAAAAUUAGUUGAACCGUACAAUGAGGGAUCCAACGUACUCCUUAUAUGUGAAGUUGAAGGAGAUGUGCCGAUAGUGGACCUGAAGAUGGGCUCAAAUCUAAACCCAGAUGAAAUCAAAGAAGGGGAUGAUGUAUACUUCGAAUGCACAGUAAAAGCUAACCCAAAAACACAUCGACUUGUAUGGUUUCACGGUAAUACAGAAAUUUUCCACAACGAUGCUGCUGGCAUUAUUUUGAGUGCUCAAAGCCUGGUUCUACAAAGCGUCACUAGGGCAGCUGCUGGAGACUACACGUGUAUGGCAGCAAACAGUGAGGGAAAGGGCACCAGCAAUCCUGUCACUCUGUUAGUCAGAUACGCUCCUGUUUGUGCUGAGAGAAGAGACGGUGAGCUCUUCGGGGCCCUUAAACAGGAGACAGUGUCACUACACUGCUCGGUGGAUGCUAACCCUGCCUUAGUGUCCUUUCAUUGGACUUUUAAUAAUUCUGGAGAGCAAACAGAACUUCCACCAAAGCUGUACAGUAGCAACGGCCACACUUCCACUCUAAACUACACCCCAACAACUGACAUGGAGUAUGGUACGCUUGCUUGCUAUGGAGAAAAUGCAGUAGGGCAACAGAAAGUACCGUGUUUGUUCCAACUUGUAGCGGCUGGUCGUCCAUUUCAUCUUCAGAACUGCUCUGUGGCUAACCAAAGUAUAGAUUCAUUAAACGUGGAAUGCGUGGAGAACUUCGAUGGUGGACUGCCCCAGACCUUCCUGAUGGAACUUUUAGAAUUACCCACACUUACAGUCCGUUACAACGUAUCCACAAAUAGAACUCCUCCGUACUUUGAAAUCCGAGGCUUGCCACCGGGUGUCAGUUACAGAAUCGACUUGUACGCCGUUAACGCUAAGGGAAGGAGUGACGUCACUACUAUUGAAACUGUUACUCUGAAAGGACAAGCUAAGUUUACCGGUGAAGGGAAUUCUCUCGGCAUGUCUCCGGUCUUAGCCUCAAUAGCUGCAAUGUCUGCACUUCUGGCUACAGCUGUAUGUGGUGUCCUGGCAGUAUUAUAUCGACGGCAUGCAGCUAGACACAGACAUUUACCAGCGAAACAUGCACCACUGAGUGAGGCCAUGUAUGUGGAACGAGCUCCUCAUUGUCCAACUCCAGUGAAGCAGGAAGUGGAAUCCAGGGCUAGCAGUACCGAGCCCAGAGAACGAGGAGAGAGAACUGCGAGGGGGGCUUUACUGCAUACGACAGACCCAAGAGAAGAUGAUGCAGACCCUGAUAUAAUUCCCUCUUUGUAUGAACGGAGGCCAGUAUCCAACGGGUAUAUGAGUCUUCAACGGCCGCCAUCUACCGGCAAGAUCACUAAACUCAAUGGUGACGAUGUCCGCUCUGAGCCGGACGGGGGCGCCUACUACACAGAUUAUAGAAAAAAAGAUUAUAGGAUACCUUUAACUAGUUCGUACCAUAGUUUAGGACGCGUGAACAAGGGUGUGAAUGCGUGUAGUCCUAGUUCCGCAACAGGUGUAACGUCCUCGCUUACAGCCCAUCGACUACGACCAGAGGUCGUGACGACAUCACACCGUGUCCAAGAGUCUUGUAUAUAA